GAACGCCGGGUCGGCGGGUGGAUGAACGCGGCUGUCUGUAAUGGCGGAGCGUGGCGGGGACGGAGGGGAAGGCGAGCGCUUCAACCCGGGGGAGCUGAGGAUGGCUCAACAGCAGGCCUUGAGAUUCCGAGGCCCAGCUCCCCCACCAAAUGCAGUGAUGCGCGGCCCACCACCUCUUAUGAGACCACCUCCUCCUUUCGGCAUGAUGAGAGGCCCUCCUCCACCACCCAGGCCCCCCUUUGGACGGCCUCCUUUUGAUCCUAAUAUGCCACCAAUGCCUCCCCCAGGAGGAAUACCUCCACCCAUGGGCCCACCACACCUCCAGAGACCACCAUUCAUGCCUCCACCCAUGGGAGCUAUGCCUCCUCCUCCGGGCAUGAUGUUCCCACCAGGAAUGCCUCCGGGGACUGCUCCUGGUGCUCCAGCACUGCCCCCCACUGAGGAGAUAUGGGUAGAAAAUAAGACUCCAGAUGGGAAGGUUUAUUACUAUAAUGCUCGGACUCGUGAAUCUGCAUGGACCAAGCCAGAUGGAGUUAAGGUUAUUCAGCAGUCAGAACUAACACCUAUGCUUGCAGCUCAAGCACAGGUCCAGGCUCAGGCCCAGGCCCAGGCUCAGGCUCAGGCACAGGCACAGGCUCAGGCCCAGGCCCAGGCCCAGGCCCAGGCUCAGGCAGCCCAGGCUCAGGCCCAAGCGCAAGCACAAGCUCAGGCCCAGGCUCAGGCCCAGGCCCAGGCUCAGGUCCAAGCACAAGCAGUAGGCGCUCCCACCCCUACCACCAGUAGCCCAGCACCUGCAGUGUCCACGUCAGCACCAACAUCUACCCCGUCCUCCACCACAGCUACCACAACAACUGCUACUUCAGUUGCACAGACAGUAUCAACACCCACAACACAAGACCAGACCCCAAGUUCUGCUGUUUCAGUUGCCACGCCUACAGUUAGUGUUUCAGCUCCUGCUCCUACAGCCACACCUGUGCAAACUGUACCCCAGCCGCACCCACAGACGUUACCUCCUGCUGUUCCUCACUCAGUCCCUCAGCCGGCAGCAGCAAUACCUGCUUUCCCACCAGUAAUGGUGCCUCCGUUCCGUGUGCCCCUUCCUGGCAUGCCAAUUCCACUUCCAGGUGUAGCAAUGAUGCAAAUAGUCAGCUGCCCGUAUGUAAAGACAGUCGCUACCACCAAGACCGGUGUAUUACCAGGAAUGGCCCCUCCUAUAGUACCCAUGAUACAUCCCCAGGUUGCUAUUGCAGCUUCACCUGCUACCUUAGCUGGAGCCACCGCAGUUUCUGAGUGGACUGAAUAUAAAACAGCAGAUGGGAAGACGUACUAUUAUAAUAAUAGAACACUUGAAUCAACGUGGGAAAAGCCCCAAGAACUGAAGGAAAAAGAAAAAUUAGAUGAGAAGAUUAAAGAACCAAUUAAGGAGGCAUCUGAAGAGCCAUUGCCAAUGGAGACAGAGGAGGAAGAUCCUAAGGAAGAACCUAUAAAGGAGAUAAAGGAGGAACCCAAAGAAGAAGAGAUGACUGAAGAAGAAAAGGCUGCCCAGAAGGCAAAGCCAGUAGCUACUACUCCUAUUCCUGGUACUCCAUGGUGUGUUGUUUGGACUGGCGAUGAGAGGGUCUUCUUUUACAAUCCCACCACUCGUCUUUCUAUGUGGGACCGACCUGAUGAUUUAAUUGGAAGGGCAGAUGUUGACAAAAUUAUUCAAGAGCCCCCUCAUAAAAAAGGAUUAGAAGACAUGAAGAAACUAAGGCACCCGGCUCCGACAAUGCUGUCCAUCCAAAAGUGGCAGUUCUCGAUGAGUGCAAUUAAAGAAGAACAAGAAUUAAUGGAAGAAAUGAAUGAAGAUGAGCCUAUUAAAGCAAAAAAGCGGAAGAGAGAUGAUAAUAAAGACAUUGAUUCAGAGAAAGAAGCUGCCAUGGAAGCUGAAAUUAAAGCUGCCCGAGAAAGGGCCAUUGUCCCUCUGGAGGCUCGAAUGAAGCAGUUCAAGGACAUGCUGCUAGAGAGAGGGGUGUCAGCUUUUUCAACAUGGGAGAAGGAGUUGCACAAGAUAGUGUUUGACCCUCGGUACUUGCUUCUCAAUCCUAAAGAAAGGAAACAGGUGUUUGAUCAAUAUGUCAAGACCAGAGCAGAGGAAGAACGCAGGGAAAAGAAAAACAAAAUAAUGCAAGCCAAGGAAGAUUUCAAAAAAAUGAUGGAAGAAGCAAAGUUUAAUCCAAGAGCUACUUUUAGUGAAUUUGCUGCCAAACAUGCUAAAGAUUCAAGAUUCAAAGCAAUUGAAAAGAUGAAAGAUAGAGAAGCAUUGUUUAAUGAAUUCGUGGCAGCUGCAAGGAAGAAAGAAAAAGAAGAUUCGAAGACGAGAGGUGAGAAGAUUAAAUCAGAUUUCUUCGAACUGUUAUCUAAUCAUCACUUGGACAGUCAAUCUCGGUGGAGCAAAGUAAAAGACAAAGUAGAAAGCGACCCACGAUACAAAGCAGUGGAUAGUUCGUCAAUGAGAGAAGACCUUUUCAAACAGUACAUAGAGAAAAUAGCUAAGAAUUUAGACUCAGAAAAAGAAAAAGAGCUGGAGAGACAAGCCCGCAUUGAGGCAAGCCUUCGAGAACGUGAAAGAGAAGUUCAAAAGGCACGUUCUGAGCAAACUAAAGAAAUUGAUCGAGAGAGAGAGCAGCACAAACGAGAAGAAGCUAUCCAGAAUUUCAAGGCUCUUCUGUCUGACAUGGUACGUUCUUCAGAUGUGUCCUGGUCUGAUACUAGGAGGACCCUCCGGAAGGACCACCGUUGGGAGUCUGGUUCCUUAUUGGAAAGAGAGGAGAAAGAGAAACUCUUUAAUGAACAUAUUGAAGCGCUUACCAAAAAGAAAAGGGAGCACUUUAGGCAGCUUCUGGAUGAGACUUCCGCGAUUACCUUAACAUCCACGUGGAAAGAAGUGAAGAAAAUAAUUAAGGAAGAUCCUCGCUGCAUUAAGUUCUCCUCCAGUGACAGGAAAAAACAAAGGGAGUUUGAAGAAUACAUCAGAGACAAAUACAUCACUGCCAAAGCUGACUUCAGGACACUUUUGAAAGAGACCAAAUUCAUUACGUACAGAUCCAAAAAGCUAAUCCAAGAAUCUGAUCAGCACCUGAAAGAUGUAGAAAAAAUUUUGCAGAAUGACAAACGGUAUCUAGUACUGGACUGUGUACCAGAGGAGAGGAGGAAACUCAUCGUGGCAUAUGUUGAUGACCUGGAUCGCCGAGGUCCACCUCCACCUCCCACAGCAUCAGAGCCCACUAGACGAUCAACAAAAUAAUUCUAAAUGCCCUUCCCUGGGGGUUGCUGUUAAUUGAAAAUGCUUGCAUGAGCCAAAUUUUCAGGUUUUUACAUAUAUGUGCAUUAGUCAACCUAUUGCAAAACCACCUGAUGACAGAAGGAGAAGCAAUUGCGGGCAGUCUCUGAACAGAACACUUUGAAAAUAUUUAAUGCUUUUCUUUGUGUGGCAUGACUGACAUACAUACUCAAAUAUAGACUGUCUCUAGUAAAUUUAAAAUCUUGAAGCUAAAAAAAUCAUCCUUUUCUAAGGUGUGGAAGCCAGUGACUUGGUGAUAUUUUUACUAGCAGUGUUACUCAGCAAGACAGGAGAAUUUGUGGUAGGAGCUUGGAAAUAGCACAGACUCCAGGAAAACUGAAGUUGGAGUCUGUUUUUGAUUUUGUUUUUUAAGCGGGUAAAAGAGGAAACACUGAAUUGGAUUCUUCCAGAGACUAUGAAUAUUAUAACGGACACACUUUUACCUUUGUCUCUGAAGCACAGUUUAGUUGUGUUUGUUCAUGUAAGCUUUGAUUCUCCCCCUCUUGGUUAUAGGCCAAGUCUUGUUUAGCCCAGGAGAAGAUGUAUUUAGUAAUUUCUUCUCAGGUAUGAACCACAUUCAUAAAUAACAUGUUGGCCAGAAUGGAAUCCUGGUUUAAACAUUCUUUAUUCUCCACUGAAUGAUCUCUACCAAUAUUCUCAAUUAGACAACAAAACUCCCUUUCUGGGCGUUCCCUGGAAACUACUUCUGUUUGAAUGUUUGAACUUUUGUUUCUAAAAAGUUUAAUUUUAAGAUGUUUGAAUGUUGAAUUUAUGUAUUUGAACUACAAUAAACCAACCCUUUUAUAUAUGUGGAUUGUAAAUGAUUAUUGUUACACAAUAUAUUUUUUAAAAACCCUUAGACAUGUUUUUUUGUUUGUUUGUUUGCUUGCUUGCUUGCUUGCUUGCUCGUUUGGUUCGUUGGUUUUUGUUUUGUUUUAUUUUUUGAAAAAAAGCAUGUGAUAAUUUGAGGCAACUGAAUCUUAGAAUAUAGUUUUUAAAGGCUUGACUAUAAUGUAUUUCUAAUAUAAAAGAUACAUUUUUUAG